CCAGACCAGAUCGCAAUAGCCCAACGGACCCGAGCCGGUCGCGCUUCCUUCUUCCUCAAGUCGUCAUCUUGCCUGCAGCUUACCAUCCCGUGCGGCGGCGCCAUGGCGACGGCCGGCGGCGGCGACCUCUCCGAUGAGGAGAGGCGGGCGAUGCGGGGCAGCAAGUUCGCGCCGCUUCCUCCGCCUCCUUCCACCUCCCGCCCCCAGCCCAGGAUGGCACAUCCCGGGGGACCACUAACCACAAACAAGGCUGCUGCCUUAGCGAAAUUCCUUGAGAGAAAACUUCAGCAACCCGAUGGCUUGGAUUCCCUGAACCCUGACCUUGUAAAACUGGCUGUGAAAAAUGCAAAGGAAACCAUGAAAGCUAGCAAGGGUGAGGCUUCAACUUCAGGAAGAGUAGUACGUCAUGUGUCAUCAUUUGAGGAUGGCUCUGAGCAACAGGAUUCUGAAGAUGAAGCAGAGGUGAAGGGGAUCAAAAGAAAAAGGAAGAAUAAGAAGGUUAAAGCCCAUCAAGAUGACGAACAACAGAGCAAGAAAAAGAAGAAAAAGAAAAAUAAAAAGAAAAAGGGCAAAGGUUGCUGAUGGUUCCAUGCCCCCAGAAAAAGUCAAAGAAGGAAAAUUUGAAAUCACUAUGAUUCGUUAACUAGUAUUAGGAAGCUACAAGCAGGCAGGCCUUGUACCCCAAAAGAAAGGGGGACAAGCAAUCAUUCCUUCCUUUUUGUUCCCAUCUGAACCAAUGAGCAUUGUAAGCUUACUCUGCCAGUCAUAUGAGCACUGGACGUUCCAUUUGCUGCAAAGGGCAGGGCUUAGCAACGAUCCUCUGUGUCUGUAUGCAAGAGGGUACAAUGAUACACUUACAUGGGAAUUCCCAGAUUGUACAAUUGAAUUCAGUGGUCAAUAUUGUUGUACACUGAAUAGUUUCCCCUGUGCUAUAUCAUGAUAUGCAGAUGAUCAUCAGCUUCCCAUUCA